UCACGCCUACAUUUGUGUGUAGACAAUUAAGGAAAGCUUAUAUGUGGAAGGACGCCUAUGGAUAAUACCAGUGGCGUGAAAAAAGGUACCUGGACGAAUGAAGAAGAUAACUUACUCAAGGCAUGCAUUAACAAGUAUGGUCAAGGAAAAUGGCAUCUAGUUCCUCGAAGAGCAGGAUUAAAUAGGUGUCGAAAAAGUUGUAGAUUAAGGUGGUUUAACUAUUUAAACCCAACCAUCAACAAAGAAAGAUUUUCUGAGGAUGAAGUUGAUAUGAUCCUAAGGUUACAAAAACUCCUAAAAAACAGAUGGUCAUUGAUUGCGGGAAGGCUUCCGGCUAGAACAGCUAAUGAUGUCAAAAACUAUUGGCACACACAUUUGAGGAAGAAGGUUGUUUUAGAAAGAGAAGAAAUAAAAGAAGAGAAAAUACCAAAGGAAAAUGUGAAAGGUCAUGAUGUUAUUAAACCUCAACCUCAAACUUUUUCACCUGAUUCUCCUUGGUUUAAUAGGAAACAUUGUAGUUUUGUGACACAGUCUGUAAUGGAUUCAAAUAAAGAUGGUAAUAUUACCAAAGAUGUUCACGACUCAGAGCCUAUCCAUCCAAAUAAAAGUGGUAGAGAUUGUGCUUCUACUUCACAACCUAGUAAUGUCCCCUUACCGUGUGCAAUGUGGUCGGACAAUUUAUGGAACCUGGGGGAGCAAGUAGGCAAUGACAGAAUUUGCUCAUACUCUUCAUUACAAGAAGAUAUCAACUUCAAUACGGAGUUUCCAAAUGUUGGUAACUAUUUCUCGGAUUCCAAUCUUCGUGAUUAUGAUUCUUCUUGGGAUCAUUAGAUCGUUGUGUAGUUCUAUGUUGAAACUCAACACAAGAAGGUCUUUUAUUAUUAAUAUUUACUUUUCAAUAAAACUUAAUUUAAUGUGUUGUAACUAUAUAUAACAGAAUGAAACAGAUGUUCUACGUUCAGUUUCA